AUGUCCUUUACUUGGAAGGGGAAGACGUCAACGAAGGUGGCACACGCCAUUGGCCUCUCGCACACUUUCACCUUCGCGUCCGACGCGCUCCUCACCACCUUCUUGUUGCACAUCAUCCCCGAGUCGCUCGAGGGCAUCGUGGCGAAGCACGACCACCUCCAUGAUGCUGGGCUAUGGGCUGGCCCCGCCAUCCUCGACAGAACCGGGUUCAGCAUCCUCAUCCACGCCCUCAUGGAGUCCGGUCACGGCCACGGCCAUGGCCACGACCACACCGAGACCAAGCAGGCGGCGACGGCGGCCGUCGGAGACGGGCCAGCACCAGCGGGUACGGCGCCGCUCGCGCUCAAGGGCAAGGUGACCCCAGGAAACCUGUGGGCCUUGGUCUCCGAGAGGCAGGGGAGAUCGCUGUUCGACCUGAAGGGCCUGCAGCUGGUGUGCUGGAACGUGAUCGCCGGCGAGCUUGUGCGCAACUUCGCGGACGGCGCUUUCCGGUUCAACUUCUUGUCCGCCCCGACUUGCGUGCUGGGCGCGGUUGUCAUCAUUUCUCUAAGGAGCAAACUCAGCGACGCCGACGUCUGGGUGACUAUCCUGUUGGGUUCCGGGUCCUUCAUCUUCAUCGCCCCAACGGGGCUGCUGCCUGGAGUUCUCGAGGUGACCAAGGUCGAAAGCGGCAGGGCCGGGGGCGCCGUGACGUGCAAUCAAGUGAAGAAGCUCGGGUCGUUCUUGCACGGCGCAGCCCUGACCGGCGGCGCUCUCAUCUUCAAUCAGUACUGCGAAGGGGAGGGAAGCCACAUCGGGAUGAGCUCUGCCGGAGAUGAGGUACCCACUGAUGCGAGCGGAGCACAGAUCCGCUCGCCGAUGGAGGAGGGCCGCGAUGCAAAGCUUUCAAAUAUGCAUCGGCAGAUUUCGCAACUGGCGGCCCUGGUGGAGGAGUCGGUGAAGAAGGAGCCUGGCAGCGUCGUGGUGGAUGCAGCUAGUAGUGGCGGCUGUGGGCAAGGACCACGGCAGCUGCUGGAAGGCGGCUGGGCCAGAAGAUCGGGAGCGAACCCUGUUGGACCAGCCGGAGUGGGCCCGGGCAUCGGACCGGUCUACGGGGAAGCGAGGGGGUUAAACCCCCCAGGACCGGACGGCCAAUUGAUCGACAACAACGAGAGACAUGCACCUGUCGGCAACCCAAACGUGCCAAGCUCGGAGCUGUACCGCCUCCAAUACACCAGCGACGAGGUCCAGAGGGGCCUCCAAGCGUUUCAUUUUGUGACCACUGCCAUCGUCAAAGACGCCGACAAGGCGAUCGUGAACAAAUGCGAGACCGCAAAAGAGCUCCUCGCGGAACUCGACAAAAUCUACGAUCCGGAAUCGCAGGGCUCGAAACAAGCCCUCAUGAAGCAAAUGUUCAACUUCACGGUCCCCACACACAGCAGCAGAAACCCCAUCGAGAACGUGUACGCGCUCGAGCUGCUGUACUCACGCCUACGCGAAAAAGGGCUCAACGCUGACGCACCCUUUGCACUCGCCCACUUCGUUGGUUNCUUCCGGAGGGGAGGAAGGCCUCGAAGGGCCAGCGGAGGGCGGAGCAUGCUCUCCUCGCGAGCGACGGUAGCGGUGGGGGAGGAGCGCCGGGCCGCGGCAACAGCGGCCGCCGCAAGGGUGGCGGCGGCGGCGGCGGCACCCAGAAGGGGAGAGGGAGUGGCGCGAAUGCUGGUGGCGGCGGCGGAGGCGGCGACGACAAUUCGGAUGGCAUGCGCGGUCGCUGUUUCCGGUGCGGAAAAACCAAGCCGAAUGGGACCCCAGAUCUAGUUUUUCGUCCAUAACUUUUUUUUUUCCUCAAAUCGAAAUCAGAAAAAAAAAACACCUGGGGAUUUUCGAGAGCUAUCGAAAUCCGGUCUCAGAAUUGUGCUCUGAGAAAAACACACCCCAGGAAAAACCAAGCCAAUAAUUCGGGAUAUUUGGAAAUAACGAAGAAGCGGAACAAAAAAAUAAAAAUCGCUUUCCGUAGAUCGAUGCUCCUGGAAACAGGGCGUUUGCCGGUACUUUCGGAUUUCGUAACAACCACCUGUGUGCAGAGAAAAGUGCACCUAAAUGCCGGACUGAACUUCGGACAAAUUGUGUUGGAUGGAACAUACUCCACCCACGAUCCCUCUAAACAGCUUUUUUUUUGCAAAACAAAAAGCGUACCCCUAUACGGGCCACUCUUUUCGCAAAAAAAAAAACUAUUACAACCACAAGGAGGGGGCAGCAAGCAAAUCAGGAAAAACAAGACACACACACCCGGAGAAAUAAUAUUCUCCAAAUCCCAUCCGCCGCCAGCGGCUUCGCGCCCCUAGCACGUGCGCCCAGAGUUACCGUCUCCACCAACAACUAACUGCUGUAACCCUCCCUUCACGGGCGGGGCACCCGACUAGCUGCCGUUGUAGUUAUCACCUGUUUGGGGUGCUCGGCAGAGUAUACUGUCUACGGGGCCUCCGGGGGGUACGCGGAUGGAAUGUAUUGACGGACAUGCUGCAUGGCGAUGGUGUGGCCUACCGCAUGUCUCUUACUCUCUAAGCAACAAGGUCUUGAGUCAACCUCCUUUCUCUUUCGGCCUCUGACGAGCUACCGCACCCAAACAUCACCCGUGUCCAGAGUCCAGACAGACCAACAUCGGCGUGUUUUGUUCUCGAUCCCGCGAUGAACGCACACGAUCCUAACCGUGGCUUGACGUUCCCCUAACGCGAUGUACUCCCGGGAGCGUUGUGUUCGUAUGUGUGGGUGUGCGGGAAGCUACGUGCGAGCUUGCCGACUGAGUUGAUGCCUUCGUGUGUGUGCGAUGGCGCUCGUGUCAAUUUGUGGUUUUCUCGUGUCAAUAUACCUCAGGAAAAAUAUUUUCACCACGUUUUCGAAAAAUUCUGACCUACCUGUUGUUGUUGUUGUUGUUGUUGUUGUUGUUGUUGUUGUUGUUGUUGUUGUUUUUCUUCACAUUAAACUCGUGUCAGUUGCUAAUCCCAAAAUCUAGCAAAGACUCGGUCCAUGGUCACAAAAAUGCUAGAGCCAUCAGAAGGCGUAAAGAACACAAACACUAUUAGCAAGAAAAGGGUACGCAAGCCCGAGGGGGUACACCUACAAUCCCUGCAGCACGUUUGCAUGCUCACAACUGAACUACACCCCCACACACUACAAAUCGACUACAGCAGCAGCAUCACCCCCCUUAUCCCGCAUUCAACCAAAAUGAAUGUGUGUCGACUACAGCGUACUGCUGUCUGAAGUGCUGUCUGUGCAAUAAUAACACCAUGGUGCAUGGUACACAAGCUCGGGGCAUGCAGCUGCUGUCUGAAGUGCUGUCAGAAUGAGUCCGUGGACAUAUAAUGAAGAACACCCAACCAAAGCCAUCAUUGCAAUUGACAAUCACCCGAAUCUAUCCAGAUCAUCUGUGUUAGGCACAGCAGUGUGAACAUCGACGCUGACUAGGAAUCGUUCCACAUUGAAGGGGUCUUCCACGAUGUUGUUGUUGUUUUGUCUUCACAAUAAACCGUAUAUCAGUUGCUAAAUGCCAAAAUCUAGCAAAGACUCUCAGCCCGUGGUCACGAAAGUGCCAGAGCCAUCUGAGGAUCUAUUGAACACGCACACAUAUAACGAGAAAAAAGUAUCCAAGGGCCCGAAGAGGUACACCCAAAAAUCCCUGCAGCACCGUAUGCGUGCCCAAAAACUGAACUGCACGUCCGUCCCACCGUUCGACUACAGUAGCAUCACCCCCUCCCUGUCCCACUCUAUACAAAAACGGACGAUUGCCGACUACAGCAUACUGCUGUCUGAAGUGCUGUCUG